CUCAUCAACAUGCAGCAUCCCCAGCUGCCUAGAAUCCACCCACUUCAGAUCUCUCUUGUCCGCAUCUUCAUUAAUAUAUUCUCUUCUUACAUUUUCACAAUAGACCAUCCUCACAAUAGACAUGAUGCUGGCACGACCUUCUCGAUCAAAAACAUUCCCGCUUGCUGCACCAUCUCAGACACUACCAAAUGUGUCAGAACAGCCACUCUCGGUCGAUUUCAUCGACAAUCAUCGCUUCGACUUUCCAACUCGGGGUGCGGGGGACAUGCGUAGUUUCGAUGCCGCCAGACAAGAAUACCUCCCAAAUCUUGCAAUCCAGACGCUAACUGCGAAACCCCCUUCCUUGGAGAAUGAAGAUUUUCCAGAACUCCAACAGUCGAACGAGGUGCUCUGUGCUGCAAUCCAAGACCUUGAGAAAGCGAAGACAGGGAAGAACAAUGCUCUCGCCAAAUUCGAUCCUUUCGGUAACCACUCCUGGAGCGAUGUUUUGACUGUUGCGCAAGAAGCUCAAAACAAAUACACCGAGCGCGAUGCAUCCAAGAUCACACAUGCAUUCAGGAAAUUACAAGAGCACUCAACGUCCAUGAAGCCAUUUCUCGACUUGCUUCCAGACGGAAUGUAUAAGCCGCUCUGCGGAGGGCUGAAGCUCAUGCUCACCGCAAUGAUUAAGAACGCAGAAAUGCGUGAGAAGAUGGCAGAUCUUUUCAGUGUCUUGCCUCUAAAGUUGAAGAAUACAGAAGACUAUGCGAAACUAUACCCGGGUGAGAAUUCACUCCGAGAAUGCACUCGGAAAUUGUACGUCAAGAUUUUAGAAGCAAUUACUGUCAUGGUGCGUUGGUAUAACGCGACAGUUAUGAAGCGUGGUCUUGGAUCUGUUUUCCGGAACGACAGAUAUGUUCGCGAGCUUGACGAUCGAAUUCGAGACAUAUCUACUGCACAGAGGUCCUUCGAUGACGAGAUCAAGAAAUAUCACCACCUCCAGACAGCUGCAGUCGGCACUGUUGUUUGUCAAACGAGCGACGACGUGACUCUCAUCGGGCGUAAACUUUGGAACAUGAACGACGAUCUAUUAGACAUGAAGACCGAUGUGACACGAGUUACGAACAAUGUCAUGCAUGUCCUUCAAGAUUUUAACAAGCAAGCUACUUGGAUCAAAGAGAGAGACAGUAUAAGAUUAGAACUAGAGGAGAAAAACGCACACCAAAGACAUUUACAGGAAGAAAUCGAACGGUUACAAGCCCAGUUGGACGAAAAGUGCAUCCGCCCAAGUCAACUUGCUCGGCGCCUACAACUGAAUCUUCCUAAAGAUGCUUAUUUGAAAGAUUUUGCGGACACUUCGGCCGCAACAAGGAAGUCGCAGCUAUUCGCAAAGCAAAUCGCAGAACACCAAGAUUUCCGGCAGUGGUACAUAUCCGAAUCCUCGUCUAUCAUCUUUGUCAACGCGAACUCCGAUGGCGAGUUAGACUGCCCACCCACGUCGUAUCUAGGUGCUUUGAUGAUCAGCAACCUUGAAAGUAACGAUGUGUUAGUUCUGCGAUUCUGCUGUUCACAACAUACGCAGGGCAGCUCCAUUCGGGAAGAAACAAUUACCGGACCACUAUUGCUGUUACGAACAAUACUUGCGCAGAUGAUAAACCUUCGCAGCACAGAACAGCACAGACUACUUCGGUUUCUCAAAUCAGACGACAUCGAGGCUAUGGAAGAACAUGCUUUCAGGCAAUACCUCGAUUGCUGCGCAAGUCUUCUAGAGGCAUCGCUUCAGUACCAUCAGGGUAUCAUGCUUAUAAUUGACGGCCUCGAAUACUAUGAAACGAAAUGGCCCAAGUGUAGCAAACGGCUAAUUAAGGCUUUUGAAAAACUCACCGAGUCGCUGUCAUCGUCCAAUCGACCAUUGAAGGUUUUGAUAAUGGCUCAGUCGCAUUGCAGCCUUUUUCGCAAAUUUUCGCAUGUGAACGUGAUAGAUUUGCCAGAUGAGCUUGACGAUUAUGCGAGUGAAUUUGAAAGCAUGGAUGCCUUUGACGAAGGUUGAGUGGCACUGAAGCUGAUUCACCCAACCGGCACAUAUGCCAAUGUACCUAGGUAUGUGAAGUGGCCCUUCACAUGAGUCGCAGGACUUC